CUGCGAUGAGCUCAGAAGGGAGAGAGAUUAUCGCGGCUGAAGACAAAGGCAACGCGUUUGGGGAUUGGGAGAAAUUGGGUCGUCCGGAAGAAGGCAGGUGGAAUUGGUGAAUUUGUCUUGGCUUUCAGGUACACUUUGGGCUUCACGGUUGCCCAACAAAAGAAGAAUGCUAUUUGAACUUUAACCCAGCAUGGCCUGAGGAUUCUUGAGCUUGUGAAACAAAAAUAAGAGGAAGAUAUAUAUUUCUCGUUAUAUAUUAGAAAGUUUCCCUUUGUCUGUGCAAGCAUGUGGACACGAAUGGAGUUAACAGACACAGAAUCAAGCUGAAAGAAAGACAAGACAUAUAACAAUAAUAAAACCUACCCUCAACUAACGCUUAUAGAUAAACAGAGAAUAAGCAUUAUACAGAGAGAGGAAGAAAAGACGGAUAAAAGGUUAAAAGAAAAAAUCGUAAAUAAGAAGAGCUGAAGGCAAAUCAAGGACAAUGGGAGGGACAUUUGGCAAGCAUGGAUCGUGGGUGGUUGACCACACUAUGGAUGACAUUCCCCUUCACCACAUGGGCGGGGACACAAGACACGGGUCCAUCGCUACUAUUACGGGCGGGGACUCGACGCCGGACGACUACACGUUCGUCCUCGAAACAGCAUCGGAGAGAAAAGCCCGAAAGAGAUCGCACUGGGUCGCGUACACUACUAUGUUCGUCAUGUCCAUCGGCUUUUCUAUCGUUCUGAGUGGUGUUUGGCCGUAUCUGAGUGAGCUGGAGCCGUCGCUGGAAAAGCAGUCGCUGGGCUGGGUGGUGGCAGCAAACCCCUUCGGCCAGAUGAUCGCCUCGCCCUUGCUCGGCCUCUGGGGCAACAAGUCGGGGUCUAUCAGAUGGGCGUGCAUAACCACCGUGAUAGUCUUCAUCCUCGGCAACGCAAUGUACUCCAUGCUCCACCUGUUCCAAGGGCUGAGCUACCUCUCCUCUUUCUACGCUAUGAUCGUCUCCAGGUUCAUCGUGGGCAUCAGCUCGGCCAAUGUGACUCUGUGCCGUUCUUACCUGGCUGGUUCGACCACCCUGAAGGAGAGGACAGUUGGCAUUGCAAUCAUUGCAGCAGCACAGGCUCUGGGCUUCGUCGUGGGGCCAGGCAUCCAGACCGUGGUGACCAUCGCCAUUCCCGAACCAGUGGACACGGGCGUCGACUGGUUCGUGUGGGACAAGUUCACCGCCGCCGGGUGGACGGCUGCGCUGCUGGGACUCAUCAAUCUCAUUCUCCUCCUCCCUUGUAUAUUCCAGGAGUACAAUAUCGCCGAGAAGGAGCGCGCCAUGAUGAACGCCGGUAACAAGGACCAGGCGUUGCGUCUCCCGAAGCCUGACUACAUCAGCCUUUCCGCCAUCCUGUUCGGCUUCUUCAUCACGCUCUUCAUCUACGUGCUGCUGGAGACGCUGGCCGAGCCCUUCAUGGUGGACCAGUACGGCUGGACCGACGACAAGGCCAUGGUGGUGGUGGGGAUCGCGCUCAGCGGCGGCGGGUUCCUGUCCAUCUUUAUGUUCGUGCUUAGCGGCGUGCUGUCCAAGAAGUACGACGAGCGGAUCGUGAUGAUCGUGGUGGGCUUCGUGCCGCUCAUGAUCGGGACGUUCCUGUUCCUGCCGUGGGGGCCGGGCACUAUCCCCAUCCAGGUGUGCAGCAACGAGACCAUAGGCAAUCUCACCACCACCAUGGACAUGACGACCGCCACGACCAUGGGAACGGCACCUGCCUCUCUCCUGGAAGUCGGCCCCGUGGACUCGUGGUACUUCGGAGAUAUCAAUCUGCUCGAGACGGAAGCGGGGGAGCGUAACUGCACCCUCGGCUGCCCCGAGGAGCAGGAGUGGUGCCAGACCACGCCACAGCUGCCCAUCCCACAGCUGAUCGUGGCCUACAUCAUCGUCAUCUUAGGUUACCCCGUCGCGCAGUCUCUCGGCCAGGCCCUAUUCUCGAAAAUCCUGGGACCCAAGCCCCAAGGGUUGUGGAUGGGCGUACUGACGGGCGUGGGGAGCUUCUCUCGCAUCAUGGGCCCCAUCUUCGUGUCCUACGUGUACACGAAUCUCGGCACCAGGUGGACCUUCGGCAUCCUGACGGUGUCCAUGGUGCUGGCGGAGGUGGUGCUAAUGGCGAUGUUCCCGAGACUCGUCCCCAUGAAGGUGCCGACGCUGGAAGAGCUCAGAGGCCACGACGGCCCCGCGGCGUCGGGAAAGCACUAGGGCCGGAAGCGAGACGCGAGAGACGCAUUUUAAGCAAGAGUUCAUUUUGACAAGUGUAGGAAAAGGUUAUGAGUGAGGACGAAUAACUUCACGGCGCAAGAGGUGGGACGAAUGCGUUUCGAUUAAAUCUGCAUUAUGUAUUUCUGAUUAACAGCCGCAUUAUAGUCGCUUCGUACCCGACUUCCGAGUUUGUCACUAACAACUGGGCAUUCAUAAAAAUCCCGACUAUAUUGCCCCACUAUCUUUCACCACACAUUAAUCGGGAAAGUUUUCGGGAGAUGUGUACCGGCCGAUAGCUUUCCCCUUACUAAUGUAUUAUUGGUGUCCAGAAUUACAAUAGUUUAAUGACCGCCAUUACAAUAUGUUUGUUUUGCUCAAUAUGUGCAUAUCCAUGUACAUGUGUAUAUAUAGACCUAUGUAUAUGCCCAAAAUGUAGGCACUAUAUACAUACACAUAUCUGUCUAUCUGUCUAUUAAUUCGCUUUGGGGCGAUUAAAGUUGCUACCAACCGCUGGCAGUGAAAUUUUCGACAUCUAUGCAGCCUUUAACAAAUAAGUAAAUUGGCAUCAUUCAGUUUGUUUAUGGUUAGAUGAGUAACCACACCCGGGUAGGAGAGCUGUCAUGAGUCUGAAAAUAAGGAAUCUAUAAUCCUGGUUGAUUUAUUGAUAAUGGAAUAUAGUAGUUGCUAAUGUUGGUAAACCUUAUCUUUACCGACGAUUAAAUGUCUUGAGAACGAUUGUGAACACACUCGUUGCAAAUGGUAUAUAGCAUUCCGAUAGUUGCGUUUAAAUCCUUCCUGAAAUGCACUGGCUUUACUUGACUUACUGCCUCUUUUACCUCUGUGAAGUUAUCCACACUGACCCAUACCCAUUUUUUCUACAUAUAGUUUAACCAUUAUUCCCGUACAACAUAACCAGUCAAGAGUUUCGAAUCAUCAACCCUUCACGUUUCGAACUCUUCGAAUCAUGGCUUCGUUCACAUAUCGUUACAAACUCCCGCCUCACAGUCAGGGUUACCACAAUUACCACAUGACACAAUUGCAAUGUUUGAUCCUUAAUUUCGGCAUUGAUUCAAGUUAGUAGUCAAUGAUUACCUGUAUAUCAUGUUAUAAGAAUUUAUACAAAAUUGUGAUACAGGUAAUAGAUUUUCAAAAUCUAACUUGAGUGCAGACGUUGUUAUGGUUAAUAAAGAAGUUCUAGACAUCUUCAUCCGAAGCCUAGGCUCCAUCAUCGCAUUCGAAUGGGUUCCGGUGAUGGUUACAAAAAGCCUCACAAUGUCCACCUUAAAGCCUGUCGCGUACAUGUUCCAUUUUGUUUACAUUGUCUCCAUUCCUGUACGAUAGCGAAGAAUCUUGUAAUUUAUUUGAUCGUUUCUGUCAAGUAUUUGAAUGAAAGUUAAUGAAUAAAAGAAAGGGUUA